UCGUCACCCACCGCCUCCAAAUCCCUCAAUCUACAGUGGAAGUCAAAAAACAAAGAUAAGAUGGUGGAAGUCACGAGCUUCAAACUCUGGAUUUCCCAAAUCAUUAUCCUUCUGGGAUUGCUAGCCUUCGUCAUGUGGCUAAGCAUCCGCCCGAAAAGCCCCGACUACACCAUUACUAAGUUCUCAGUUGAGAACGGCAACAUAGAGUAUGCCUUAGAGAUUGAAAAUCCCAACAAGGAUUCAGACACCUACUUUGACGACUGCAUCUUGACUUUUUACAACAAUCAGGACUCCAUAGCUUCCACAACCAUACCGCGUUUCUCCCAAGAUAAAGGGGAAACAACACCAAAAAUAGGAGUUGUCUAUGUGGAUGCAAAGGUGUGGGAAGCAUUGCACGACCAAAUAUCAAAUCGAAAAGCUCAAUUGCAGGCUGCUUUAGCUUCCAAGAUUCGAUAUCGAACCUGGGGAAUUAAGAGCAGGCGUUACGGAGUGCACCUGAAAGCCCAGUUACCGAUUGGAUCAGACGGCAAGAUUCCAAGCAAGACCAAGAUGCAUAAUGGCCUGUUUCAUAACAUAAAAUGAUGCACAGACAAAAGUUUCUUCAAGCCACU